GCGGACGGGACACGUCAGACGGUCGCUGACUCUGGGACCAUAAUCUCCAUCCGUAGUGAGGCGUGGGGCCCACAUGGCGUAUUUGGAGAUUCAACUCUGAAGAGUGCCGGGAUUUGUGUUUUAGGAGAGGUGUUCACGCAGAAGGACGGUUCGUGGCAAUAUAAAGAGCAUGGUGGGAUAUUGGCUUCUGUAGGGACUUGCAGUCAGCUUUUCUUCACUUUUAUGAAUCAUUACAGAGGAAUCUGUUGGAUAAACAUCUGUUUGAAGCUGUUUUCCAAGUGAUUACUUCUUUCGGAGUUGUGUAUAUAAAGGAUGUAAGACAAGGACCUGCACAGUAAACAUUUAAAGAACUGCACAUGAACAGCUGCUUUUGUAAACGAGUGCUUCCAAAUUCUUAAAAUCUAUAUCUAUAUGUAUGUAUUUUGGUGAGUUAUAGUUUGCAGGUGUUUUGAGUGACAGAUGGUUGGCAUGUCCUUUAAUCACUCGCUUUUGUGUGAAAGUGUAAUGCUGGCUGGGAGAACAGCUAAUGGGUUUCUAUUCGCAGCGCUCAUUAUUUAAGGCAGGUUGCUCAUCACAGUACACAUUGAGAUUCACACACAUUCUUCAACAUUUAUUUUUUCCGCACUCCUCGCACUCAUUUUAUGAGGCUGGUUACUUCAACAGUGCAGAUUGCGAGGACAUUUUUUUCCUCUCUUCCUGUUUUGGCAAAAAGUCUCCAAAGUUUAAUGCAGUAUGAGGAUAUUUGGACAUUUUUACACCUUUGGCAUCCCUGGAUUUCUGGAGGAUCCUGUAACUGAGGAAUGCAGUGCGUAUCCUGGACGAGCCUCUGAUUUUUCAUAAACAGAAACUACAGCACUCCUUUACUCUUCUAAAGAGAAAGGGUUGGAAUAUCGAUCAAUGCCAUUUUUACCCAGAGGUCAGCUGAACAGACGUGCUGUGGAGUCUGGAUAAGCCGGGCAGACGGGGCCAAAUGCUUCUCCUCAUUCUAAGAUGAAGUUAUGGAAGUUUGCUGCCAUCGGCCUGAUUCUCUGUGGUGCUGCACUUCCUCUGCUCGUCCUUAAAGCCGCUCCCUCUUCCCGAGCCCCGCCCCCUCCUCCCCACCGCAGAGCUUCAUCCUCAUCACUUUCACCUCCAUCCUCUUCAUUUACACCAAGCAAUUCGUCGUCUACCAUUGUGGCAGGUGGGCGGCAACGGAGGGUCAGAUCAGCUGACGGAGGAAACUCUCUCGUAUCAGAAUUCGUGAAGAUGUUCCAGAGCUUCACAGAGGGCGAGUUGAAGCAGGUCAUUGGGACACUGGUGGAAAGGAAAGCCCGCAGAGAUGCCCAGCAGAGCAAAAGGACUAAACGGGCAAAAAAGCGAUCCAAACCCUGCUCGCUGCAGGAGGUGGAGGUGACGGUCAGUCAGCUGGGGUUGGGAUACGUCAGUGACGAGACUAUAGUCUUCCAUUACUGCAGUGGAAAGUGCACCACCAGCCGCAAAAACUAUGACCUGACGCUGGCGUUCAUGAAGCGCUCGUGGCUGCUAACAAAGGAGCAGAAGGACAAAGCGCGCCACAGCCCCUGCUGUCGGCCCACCGCGUAUGAGGAGGACAUCUCCUUCCUCGAUAACUUCAACAAAUACCACACAAUCCAAGAGUUUUCGGCCAAAGCAUGUAGAUGCGUCUGACGUUGAGGGUCAAAACUCACCGGAGUACUCAAAACGUUUAGGAAACAUAACAUGUUUUAAUCUCUGACAAAAUACAGACCCUCGAUUCUGAGAAGAAAAUCUUCUGGGCUUAAAGCACUGAGGUGAGAGCUUAUGUCUUGCGUUGCCUUCACGAAACAUACUCGGCUGACAGGUUCUCCUCAGAUACUUCUGCCAGUCCAGAUGAAGAGAAACCAAAAAUAUAUUAAGCAAAUAAUUAUUCUCAUGUUUAGUCGUUGCUAAUGAGAUGCUGCUGUAUAUCUUGUUUCUAUUGCCUUCGUGGGUCUAUUUCAAAUAGCUUGAAAUGCUGGGUGGAUGCUCAGAGUUUCAGUGUCAAAAACCUCUAGAAAAUUCAUUCAGGGCUUCAGUAAACAAAGCAAGUAGACAAAGGCGCACCCAAUGCUGAACAAAACUUCCUCAUUGUGUAACUGACCCGUAAAUGAUCCCAGCGGCUCUGAAAGGUUUCAACUCUGACAUUUCAAAGGCAAAACAUUCCCACAAAUCAAAUUCAAACAGACACAUUAGUUAUACUAAACAUCUACCUCAGCUUUGCUAUGGUCAACAUGGCUCUGUAAAAGAAAACCCAAUAUUUGAUUAAAAUAUUUACAUUUAUUAAAUGCUACAAUAAUCAAACAAAAAGUUAUGUAUAAAAAGAUAAAAACGGAACCUAAUAAUCUGCUAAAGGAUGGAUUUUAAAACACAAAUGGCGUCGUUGUAAAUUGUAACAGAGGAAAAACUGGUGGUCA